UCUGGCUUGGUGGAUGAGGCAGAGCUUUUUCAUGUUUUUGUAAAAUAUUUUGGAAAAAAAUGAGUGAAAAUAAGUUAAGACAGCGUCAAACGCUGCCUCAAAAUGAUAAGAAAACAAAUGGCAGUAAGGAGAAGGAAAAGGACAAGAAAAAUAAAUUUGCCGCUGUCCACGAUGAGCUGCAACAUGCCACCAGUUCAUUUACCCAUCGUCUUUGGACACGUGCUGUAAUAGUCAUCUCAGUUAUGACCAUAGUGUAUUUUUAUACCAGCAAUCAAACGCGUGAAACUAAAUUCGCUUUAGUACGUGAAAAUUUGCCGUUACGUAUGCAAAAAUUCAAAUGCUCCGAGCAAUAUGAUGAGGAAAUGAAAAAGUAUCCUAAAUGUGUACCAACAAAAUGUGGACGUUUUGUAGCCGAUAAAUUGGUGGAAGCAAAAGAAGUAGAAAUACUUUUGGAUAUGGCAGAAAGUAUAAUUGGUUUGGCUGGCUCUUCAGGAGGGGCCUCAAUAUUAGACAUACAUACGGGAGCUUUGUCAUAUGGUGAACAAUAUUUAAAUUUUUAUAAAAUGCCAGAAGCCAAGAAAUUGCUUAAACCAGAACAAUUAACAGUGUAUAAUCUGGUGAAAGGUAAAAUCAAAUUAGCUAUUGCCGAACAAUUUGGUAUAGAGCCCAGCAAUUUGUUUUUAACUUCUCCCACAUUUUUCUCUCGUCUUACCAAUGUUACGGCCAAAAAUAUUCAUGAUGAAUACUGGCAUGAACAUGUAGAUAAGGAGACCUACCCUUCAUUCCAUUAUACCUCAUUGUUGUAUUUAACCACACUCAAUAAAGACUUUAAAGGUGGCCGAUUUAUAUUUGUAGAUGGCAUAGACAAAAAUCGCACAACUUCUGCCAUUGAACCUAAAAAGGGCAGAGUUAGUGCCUUUACAUCAGGUUUUGAAAAUCGUCACCAUGUUGAAAAAGUAACAGAAGGAUCAAGAUUCGCCAUAACUAUAUCUUUUACCUGCGAUCAAGCGAAAAAAAUUAUUGAUCCUCAAAUGGCCACCUUGGAUGCAUAAAUUAGAUUUUUAAAAAACCACAAACACCCAACAUUCCAUAAAGUAUUAUGUAUUACAAACAAAAGAAGUAAUAAAUUAAAUAUGUAUAAGUAAUAAUAUUAAAGAA